AUGGGCGGCUGCUUCAGCAGUAGUACCAAAACGCAGGAGGCGAAGGCGGCGGUACGCACCACCACCCCUCGCUACCCCGAGGGGGCGAGCUUACCACCUCUGCCAGAGGCCGAUGUCGAGGAGACGGUGAAAGAGGUCCUCUCCGAGACUCCCAGACCGCCGAGGCAAACCCCAUUGCCAAUUAGGGCAGAUCAGGUGGCCACUCCGAAGGAGGUGGAGAUCAACGACGAGGCUGUUCCUCUCGCAGACCGCAGCAGCAACGGCUGCGACACCAGAUGCGAGGACGCCUCCGAGGUCUGCAGCAUCAGCGCGAAGAGCGAGACUCUAUCGGGCCCCACCACUCCGGCUGAGAAGCGACGAGCAGCUGCGACGGAGACCGGAAGGAGGGCGGCGAGGGAUGACCGCUCGCCGGUCAAGUACCAGAAAAAGCGCUCCGUUUCCGGCGAGUUCGCCUGCAGACGGGACCGGAGCGUGGCUGUUGGCUGCGGCAGCGGGAGAUCCUCCCCGUCGCCGGCAAGGCGGAGGUCCGAACACGCGGCCAUCGGUAGGACGAACUCCGCCAGAGAGGCCAGCGCUCGGGCCACGCGAGAUCCAGGCGAGAGAUCCAACAGGCGCUCGGUGUCCCCGGCGGCGGAACGAGCUGCGGAGUUGCGGCAGAGAGGGGGACAAUGCAGGGCGCCGGAGGCAGCGACGGCUAGGGUAAAAGGAUCGAUGAAGCAGAUAUCGGCGGACGAGGGAGAAAGGAGAUUCUGCGGGCAGCGUGAGGGCACGGUAGAUGGCGGCGUGGUGGUAUCCGAAGGAGAGCAGCCGGAGUCGCUGGAGAACCCCCUCGUCUCCCUGGAGUGCUUCAUCUUCCUCUAA